ACGGGAAGUGGCAACGUCGCCGCCGGUGCGGUCCCAACCGGCGGCGGUACCUUGUGCCAUCCUGGACUGGGCCAGGUCGGCAUCGUCACCGGCUCGAUACCCUGCCCGUCCGAUUUCCCGGAUACUAAGGAUAUCAUCAUCGAGGAGCUGUGCCCUGUGUGCGGCGAUAAGGUGUCCGGUUAUCAUUACGGUUUACUCACCUGUGAGUCCUGUAAAGGAUUCUUCAAGCGCACCGUCCAGAAUAAGAAGGUCUACACGUGCGUCGCUGAGAGGUCCUGUCAUAUCGACAAGACGCAGCGGAAACGGUGUCCCUACUGCCGCUUUCAGAAGUGCCUCGAGGUCGGCAUGAAGCUCGAAGCUGUGCGGGCGGACAGAAUGCGAGGCGGUAGAAACAAAUUCGGGCCCAUGUACAAGAGGGACAGGGCGCGGAAACUGCAACUUAUACGUCAACGGCAACUGGCGAUCCAGACGAUACGCGGCAGUCUCGGCGACCCGAACAGCUACUCGACCGCGGUCGCGCCCUUGAUGCACAUCAAACAGGAGAUCCAAAUACCUCAGGUCUCGAGUCUGACCUCGUCACCCCAGCACCAGCUGAUCGCGCCAUCCAGCCAACCCAACAUCGGUACCAGUGGUGCUGGUGGCGGUGGUGGCGGUGGCGGCGGCGGUGGAGGCGGAGGCGGGGGCGGUGGCAAUCACUUGCAUAAUCUCAACCCUGGUCUGGACAGCAGACUUUGGGCCGCCAACUCAACUACCCCUGGCACGAAGGUCUUUAACUUCGGCGAGCAAUCCGUGCAGCCACACGGCGGUGGGAUGCCGAGCUACUCGUCCAAUCCCGUAGUAGCUCUUAAGACACUUAGUCCGAUGAUAAGGGAGUUUCUGUCGUCGAUCGACGACCGCGAGUGGCAAACGUCUCUCUUCGGACUGUUGCAAAGCCAAACGUAUAAUCAGUGUGAAGUGGACUUGUUUGAAUUAAUGUGCAAAGUGCUCGAUCAAAAUUUGUUUUCGCAGGUAGACUGGGCUAGAAAUUCGACGUUCUUCAAAGAUCUCAAGGUUGACGAUCAAAUGAAGUUGCUACAACACUCUUGGUCGGAUAUGUUGGUGCUAGAUCACCUUCAUCACAGGUUACACAAUAAUCUACCCGACGAGACGACACUUCACAAUGGCCAAAAGUUUGAUCUUCUCUGUCUCGGCCUACUCGGAGUUCCUUCCUUGGCCGAAACCUUCAGGGAACUAUCCAAGACACUUCAAGAACUAAAAUUCGACGUUCCCGAAUAUAUAUGCAUGAAAUUCCUAAUGCUGCUGAAUCACGAUGUCCGUGGACUAGUGAAUAAGAAACAUGUGCAAGAAGGUCAUGAGCAGGUUCAACAGGCGCUUAUGGAAUACACGCUAAGCCAUCACCCAUCCGUACUGGAUAAAUUUAAUAAGCUGUUAGCAGUAUUACCGGACAUUCACGAAGUGGCAACCAAGGGAGAAGAGCAUCUUUAUCAGAAACAUUGUAAUGGAGGUGCACCAACGCAAACGCUUCUCAUGGAGAUGCUUCACGCCAAGAGGAAAUGAAACGAUCAGUUUUACUUGGUAAUCUUUGCCAUCGAAUAAGAAAAAAGCCCGUUAAUAUAUACAUACAUAAUACAUCAUAUGUGUAUAUAUAUAUAUAUAUAUAUAUAUAUAUAUACAUAUGUGCGUGUAUGUAUGUAUAUAUGUAUGUAUGUAUAUGUGUAUCUCGAAAGUCCUGUUAAUGCCCCUAAUCGUGAGACAGAGUGGACCUCAAAGUACCUAUUAAGAGCUAAAUGCUGCUAAGGUAUCGGACCAAGUAAAGGGGCCCUGGUUCAUGAAAUACCUGUGCAUACAAAUCAAGUAUAGACGUACAUUAUUUUACACACACAUAUACACA